AUGAGGACGAUUCGUUUUCGAAUCAAUAAACUCAAAGACGAAAUUCCUGAAAAACAACUCUUUCAACACUUAUCUUACUAUUAUUUAAAUAAUGAUCAAUUUAAAGCAAUUUCUCGAUUGACCACUAUUCGCAAGAAACAAUUGAAGAUAUUCGAAGAACGAACCAUGCUUGAGCAAGAAAUCUUAUGCCAUCGGCUACCAGAAUCUCUCGACUCCAUAGUACCGAAUCUUGAUGUGAAAAAGCUUUCACAAAAGCAUUGUAAAAUGGUACAAGAGCUAAAACAGUUGACAUUAAACUUAGAAUUACAGCGAUAUGAAGAGGACAUCCAUCGUUAUGAACAGCUAUACCAAGAAGAAUUCAAUAAGCUUCAACAACAAAUUCACAAUCCAACACCAUCUGACUACAAACAUCAAAUAGAUAUCUUAGUGUACUCUGUCGAAUCCUAUCUAGAUAAUUAUAAGUAUAUACUUUUACGCCAAAUAAGACACAGAGAAGCAUGUUUUCAUACAAAUUUGAUCCGAAAACGUCGUCGUCGACAAUCGCUUAUGACAUAA